AUGGGAAAAGAUGGAAUUUGGGCAUCAAAAUAUACCAUGAAUUUAAAUUUUCCAUCUGGGUUUUCAAUUGCUCGAGGACCCAUUUUUGGUUCUGCCUUGAAAAUGAGGAAGGUGGAGUGGAAAAGCAUUUUGGGUUCGCAGAUGUGUAGUUCUGGUAAAGUUACUGUUUUACUGGAAGGAGAUUCAGAUAAUAUGGUGGUGGGUGGUGGGAGUAUUGAGAAAGAGUUUGAAUUCAAGCCUUCGUUUGAUGAGUAUUUGAAGGCCAUGGAGUCUGUGAAAAGUGAUAGAGAGAAAAGGGAUGAACAUAAUCCAAAUAGAAGAAAUUUAAAGAAUGAUUCGGGUGGAGAAGCCAAAAAAGAGAUGGCCACUGAUAAGAUUGAUUGCAAAGACCGAGGAAGUAGGAAGGUGAAGGAUGCCAGGAAGAUGGGGUUUGAAGAGGGGGGUAAUAAAGGAAGGACUCAUAGUUUGGUCAAAGUCGAAUUGGAUUGUAAACAAAGUGAAAACUUUACAAAAAGUAAGAAUGGGAGAUGGACAAAUGACCAGACUAGUAGUGUACAAGGAGUUGAAAGGAAAGAUAAAUUUGAAGGACAAGGGUUUAAGAAGGAUAAAGUUGGACUUAUAAGAUCUGAAACGAUGGGGAGACUAGAGAGGAAUGGUGUUAAAGGUGAAUGGAUUCUUCAGAAAAAAGUUGCUGUGAAAAAUCCGAAGCCAAGUAGGAGCAAUAAGUUUAUUUCUGAGGAGAGAGGUGAUGUUGAGUUGGAGAUGGAAAGAGCAGCCUUCAAGCCACUGGAGGAGUAUAAUGACGCAUAUGACAAGCCACGAGUUUCUCGGGUGGACAUGGAGGAGAGGAUCCUAAAGCUAGCAAAGUGGUUAGUAUUACUCACUUUGGAUAUCUAUCUAGUAUACCUGCUGCUUUGA